CGAUUUGAUAACAUGCCAUUCAAUUUUUGGGCAACGUCUUCGCCACUGACAGUUACAGUGCAUGUAAGCCAAGAUGCAGAGGGUUGAGCUACCGUAAUAUGGGAUAAUUCGUUCUUUGCAACUGGUCGAAUGCCAUUUGUUGUUCCGAAUGCGGUGUCAUGGUUACAAAUGGAAUGGGCCCUGAGCAAGCGAUUUGAAUAUCAAACCGGCUGCACAUUGACCGGAGAACACUUGCGAUACUUUUAUGAAAAGAUCUUCGGCCCUACACCAAAGCAUGACCCUUUAAUAACGUGGAAACAAUUUUGCAAGGAUCCGUUGCCUGGCCAAAAAUUCCCAUUUUACCAUUGGUUUCACGAUACAACGAAACUAACGCGAUCGCAUCUCAGCAAAGAAUGGAACAAAGGGCUCAUUCAUGGUUUCAUUAGAAAAGAUAAAGCCGAAGAAAUGCUUCGCACGUGUCCAGCAGGUACAUUUUUGCUACGAUUCUCCGACAGUCAACUUGGUGGUAUAUCAGUUGCUGUGGUAAAUGAAAAUGACGAUGGUUCCCUAACUCUUGUACAUUUACAACCAUUUCUCAUUAGUGAUUUCGAAAUCGCCAAAUCUCACUCGAUUAGCGAUUUAAUUAGAUAUAUCAGGAAAUGUACUCAUCUCUAUCCCGAUAAACCAAAGGACAGAAAUUUCGAGGAAUUUUACACAUCAGUUAACAAAGAACGUAUUAAAGGAUACGUUAGAAGAAAUUAUAACUUUUAAGAGUUUUCAAAAGACGUUUUUUUUGCGCGAGUUAAUUUCACUGUUGUUGACGAUUCGAAUGCGUAGCAGAAUCGGUCACUUGAUAAACAUAUUGAAAUAUAAACAUAAUUGGUACGACGAUAAACACAUGAAUCAUGAAUG